CGUGGCUUUCGUUUUGCUUGUUAUUAUGUUAUCCAAUACUUUAAAUUCAUCACAAAAUCCGUACUUUCCACUAGCAUUAUUUUUGUCAGUACAUUUUGUAUGAAAGUUAGUUAUAUAUUCAUAAAUAAUGUCCAUAUUUAUUGUACUGUUCAAAAGAGAGAAUUCUGUAGAAAGGGACCGUGUGUAUAUAUAAUAUAUUUUAUACGGGUCUUUGGCAGUGCAGGUAAAAAUACUAAAAUGUCUCUUAGUACAUCUUGUAAAAUUAAGUAUAAGGCUGCUGGUCUGCAUGGACAUGAGCUGAAAUGUAAAAAUAAAUGUGGAUAUUAUGGAAAUCCAGAAUGGCAAGGCUAUUGUUCCAAAUGUUAUCGGGAGCUCAAUCAGAAAAUUAAACCAGACAGAGAUAUUAAAGGAUUAUCAAAAAAAAUCACUCGCAGUUUUAGUGAUGCUCAAGAUAGUUCUCUUGUUGGAUUUUCCAAAUUUGAGGAAAAGAAAAAGCAGCAAUCAGAAAAACGAAGUAAAACAAUAAAAAGUAUUAUAAAGAGAGGACAAACUAUGAAAGAGAGUACUACUCACUCACCUUCCCGUGAUGUGCUUUUGAUUGGAGAAGUCUUACAGCUAAGCAAAGAUCUUCAGUUAAAAGAGCCAGUCUCAAAAGAUGUCAUCAAACAAAUUCAGAGGCAACUAGAGAUAAUAAGUAGAUGUUUUGAUAAGUCUAUAGAUGAGCAGUCUGAGAUUAUGCAAGAUUUUUACAACUUUAUGGCUAAUAGGUGUGAGACUCAUCCUUAUUACCAAGAUAUGACCCCAGAACAAAUAGAUCUGCUGAUGGAUAAAAUUGAGGAAGUACUGAUGGAGAAUUUGCAUAGGACUAUGUUUCAGAAUAUUUCAUCUGAAUAUGAAGAGAAAGACCUUGCUUUACAAAAGCGCAUCAGGAGUUUAAAUUGGAUAAUGCCUCAUCAUUUAUUUCUAGACAUCAAAGAGAAUAGUCCUGAAGUUAGUGACCUGAUAGAUAAAGCUAUCACAGAUGUCAUUGAAAUGGAUUCAAAAAUAGCUCCACAAGAGAAAAUACAGUCUAUUGUGAAAUGCAGUAAGAAUAUAGUCAAUAUAAUAAAUAUUUCUCAAGGAGUAGUUGCUAGUGCUGAUGAAUUUUUACCUGUUAUGGUAUAUAUAGUUUUGAAGGCAAACCCACCACUGUUACAGUCUAAUAUCAAGUAUAUUACUAGCUACAGUAUACCAGCCAGACUAAGAAGUGGAGAAGGAGCAUACUAUUUUACUAAUCUGUGUUGUGCAGUCACAUUCAUUGAAAAUCUUACAGCCGAAUCUUUGAAUUUAAGUAAUGAUGAAUUUGAACGCUAUUUGGCUGGUGAAGUCCCUAUUGGUUUCACAGAACAAAAUCCUUCAGAUUGUGAAGGUCUUCGUCUCAUGUCACAGAAUUUAGCUUCCCUAAAUGAAAUCAGAGAGAAAAGUAAUCAAGUUUUGAAUGAAAUGCGUACUUUUCAGGAAGAAAUGGUGAGAUUUAAGGAAAAUCUUCUGAAGUAUAAACCUCUUUCACCUCUCGUGCUUAGUGAAACACCUUAUACCAUCCCAGCGGAUACAGACAUGAGUCUGAUACCAGAAAUACUUCGAAAUCGUGUUCUUCGGGAGGGUCCAAGAGAAGAUAUUCUUGUUGAUUUGGAAUGCAAAACUCUUCAGUCACCAGUCACUAAACUUCAGACUGAUAAAACUAUUAAUUCUUCAGAUCCUGUUCCACAGAAUAAAUUUAGUGAUAGCUUUGCAUUACCAGAUUUUCACAGUGUCUCUUUGGAGAGUGAAUCCAAGCCUAUAUCAUCAGAUAUUCCAGUAAAUAAUAUCACUGCCAUUCAGUCAUUGCAAGUUGCUCCCCCUGUGCAGGCAAAAUCCAUUACCCUUAGCUGUGAUACAUUUACUUCUUCCUCUGAUGUGAUGCCACAAAACAGUUCAUAUGUUUCAACUGUUCAGACUAGCAGUCAGCCUAUUCCAAAUAUUAAAGAUUUGGAUUAUCCCACUGAAUUAUUCCCUGAUGUAAAAACUGAUGACAAUGUUUUAGAAUCAUUUGAUCAGAAAGAAACUGAUGUGAUGAGUAAUGGAAGUGAUGGAGAUGCAAAUGCAAAGUGUUUUUUGCAUCCACUUUCACCAGAAUCUGAAUUCAUGGAAGAAAACUUACAUCUUCCACCUCCACUGCAACCACUUGUAGUCCAAAGUAUUAAUCCAGAAUCAAAUGAUAGAAAGACAUAAACUAAUUUUAUUUAUGUUUAGAGGUAUUUAAUUUAUUUUUUUCAGUAAAGAUCACAUAUGUUAUGCAUAUGUGUCAAUAUUCAAAGACAUGAUAUUAAUGAAACUGUGUUUGAAUCAUUGUUUUACUGAAGGUAGUAAAAACCUUUUUCAUGUAAGGUAAAAGGUAUUUCUAGUUUUUUAUCUUCAAUGUUCACUGAAGUGUAAGAGUUAAACUAAGUCAUGUAAAAGUAGAAUGCAAAACUAACUGUGCUGGUGCAAUUACUUAAAGAUUUUUACUAUCUUCAAGUUGUUAUUUUAAGCAUUUAUUUGCUUUUUUUUUUAAUCUUGUAAAAAUUUGUUUAUUAAAUUAGUCAUAAAUUAAGUGGAAAUUUAUAUUAUUUAAAGUUUUGCUUAUAUUAGAGCAACUCUUGUUUUUUUUUUUUUUUUUUUAAUUUUAAAUGAAAUAUAAGAAUAACAAGAACAAUAGCAGGUACACAAUAUUUUGAAGAUAUUUUGUGACCAAAUAUGUCUUGAAUCAGAGACCCAUGCUCAGUUUAAGAAAUACGUCAAAUGAGAUAAACGAGCACUCGGCAAUAAUUUUGCCAUAUGACACAUUUUAAUGAAAGUAUGCAGAAUUUAAAUUUUUAUAUGGGCUGUGCAAGGGAGGAAGUGCAUAUGAGAAAGUAUUUUCUUUUACUAAUUAGUUAAAUAAAAUGUAUCCUCCUCAUGUAUUAAAUAUUUCCCAAUAUAUGACUAAUUAAAAUUUUGGAUGGAUCUAUAAAUGCUGCUAGAGAAAAUAUUUCUAAGAGAUACUUUUUAUAACAGUGAAAGAAAUAUUAAAGAGUAGUGAUUUUAGAUAUUUAGAAAAUUUAGAUAUUGUAUUAUUUUCUUGAAGAUUCUAAAGUUAUAUGAACAAAAUUAUCUGGAAACUUAACAUGAUUCCAUUCUUAAACUAACUAUGGGUCUAAAAUCAACUGUCCAGGUAAUAAUUAAUCAUAAUACUUUUUUUAAUAUUCUGGAUUAUAGCAUAAAAUAAUAACUAAUAGUAAUUAAAUACUCAAAAUUGUUUCCAUGUUCAACAUCAGAAAAAUAAAUUUUUUAUAAUUUUAGCAUGAUUAACAACUAACUAAUAUUUGAACUUAGUGGUUAACAUUUUAUCUUGUGCAAAGUUUCAAGUAUAUAGUGUGUUUUUUUUUACCUGUUUUUAAAUUACAUAUUUUUAUGUGUGCUAUAUUUGCUGUAGUUCUUAUUUUAUAUAUUUACCAAAUUGAUAACUGAUGUUGAUAGUCUUAAGACUGAAAAUUACUUUGUAACAAUAACUUUGUAAUCAAUUGUCAAUAAUAGUAGUCCUCUUACUACUAUUAGUCAAACAUGUGGGUACAUUUUCACCACUUUAUUAAUGUUUGUUAUUUAACAAAACUGUAUUUUCUCUUAAUUAUACGAUCACAGUUGUAAUUUUUAUUAUGAAUUGAAGCAAGUACCGGUAUUACUGAUGUUUAUUAUUCAGCUGACUAAAAUAUGUUUGCUUUAUUAUCUUUAUUAUAUUAAGUUGAUUGAACUAAAAUUAUUGUCUACAAUCAAAUUAUGCUGGAAUGAUUUUAAUACAUAAAUUAGAAUUUUUGUAAUAAAAUUAUUUAGGAAUUUGUGCAAAAU